AUGCGUACCCAGGUCAUCCCCCAAGUCUCUCCCUCAUUCGUUCCUCCGGACUAUCCCCAGCCUGAGGUUGCUCCCGAAGUUGUCUCCCAGCAUGAAGUCGCUCCCGAAAUCGUUCCUCAAGAAGGCCCCCAUGUCGUUUCGCAGAUCAUCUCCGGAGUCGUUCCACAUGUUGCUCCUCAGCCUGAGGUCACUGCUCAAGUCGCUCUCCAGGUAUCUCCGCAGGUCGUUCCACAUGUCGCUGCACAAGCCGCUGCACCUCCCGCUCCCCAAGUUGUUCCCCGGGUGAUUCCCCAAUUCGUUCCCCGAGUCGCCUCUAUCGAUCGAGGACCAGAGCUCAAUCCUUAUAACGCCAAUCAGAGGCGUCGGUAUGCAAAUGUUUUGCGGAACCUCCCUUUACCCAAUGAAGAACUUUUCCGUAUCCAUCAGCCUUCCGUAAAACUGGAGAAAGUUCACGGCCAAGGUACAUCGAAUUUAGGAGGCUUUUGUAUUGGAUGCAAUCUCGAGCACAAUAGGGUUGACAUGAAGUGGGGCAUAUACGGCUGUAAAAAAAGGAAAAUCACCAGGAAGGAAUGUGUCGUCUGGGGGACCUGGAAAAUCGAUGACGGACCCAGGGUCAAGGAUUUCGUCUUAGAGAUGGCGGAGCUUCUUGGAGAGCAGGUCGACUCCGAACUUACAAGGUCGGCGUAG